AUGUCGAAGGAUAAUAUUGAACGACUUCGCGCCAAACGAGGCGGUUAUCGUGGCGUGUGUACAAGGCUUGUAAAAGAAGCACUCGAGCUUCUGGAUGCCACUGAAGUAGACAUCGAACGAUGUAAUGUCAUCGCUGAACAACUCGAGAGUAAGAUGAAGAUCUUAGACGAAAUAAACGACGAAAUCAUUGGGAUAUGCGAUGUAACGGAUAUUGAACACGAAAUUGAAGAAGCAGCCGCCGUCUCGGAUAGAAUUCUAAGCACUAGACGUAAAAUCGAAGCAGCAAGAAAACCGGAGAUUUGUCAAGAAACUAUAAAAAGAAGGCAAAGUCCUACACCACAAGUCGAACAGAUUCCUUUAGUGGUAGCAACAGCAAGCACGAGUAACACAACGAUAAGCAACGAUGAGAAUAAUACGAACACGGAUGCUAUUAAUACGAACACGAAUGCGUUGAACACGAAUACGAAUGCGGUUAAUACGAACACGAAUACGGUCUAUACGAACACGAACACGGUCUAUACGAACACGAAUGCUAUUGAUACGAUUACGAAUGAAGUGAUAAAUACGAAUUCUACGAUUUUGAAUGCCCCUGUCAGAACAACACCAGCGAUAAUGAUGCCAAAGCUUCCCAAACUUCAAUUGCCGAAAUUCAGUGGAAAGAUCACAGAAUGGAACGCCUUUUGGGACUUAUACAAUGCUACGAUUCACAGCAACGAGAGUAUGUCUAAGGUAAACAAAUUCAAUUACCUAUUCUCAUUGCUUGAGGGUAGUGCAGCACGUUCGAUAAAGGGACUUACCUUAACAUCCGCAAAUUAUGACGCAGCAAUUGCGAUUCUGCAAGAUAGAUUUGGUCGAACCCAACAGGUCAUUGCCGCACAUAUGGAUCAAAUCCUACAAAUAUCUGCAUGUUCUGAAAAUCGUACUGGGCAAUUGAGAUAUGUUUUCGAUCAAAUAAGUGUUCAAGUGCGAGGACUUGAUUCGCUUGGGGUAUCUGCAAACCAGUGCGGCAGUCUGCUCAUACCAAUUAUUAUGUCCAAACUACCGAGUGAAAUAAGAUUGCAGGUAGCACGAAAAGCUACUGGUGAUGUUUGGCAAAUUGAAGAGUUACUCAAAACCAUAAAGUUUGAAGUUGAGGCACGUGAAAUGAGCGAGUCAUCGCGUUCGAUUGAAAAACCCCAGAACAAAGAUAAGCCCAACAAGCCAUCGACAGCUGGAACAUUUGUAGUGACGAAAAAUGAUAAAGACGGUGCCUGUAGCUUCAAGGUUAAAUGCGUAUACUGUCAAGGAUCACAUUAUUCAGCAUCUUGUGAAGAGGUAAAGGAAAGGGAAGCCCGAGUUAAAAUUCUAAGGGACUCCAACCGUUGCUUUAUUUGUCUAAAAAAGGGACACCAAGCAAGCAAGUGUAUAGUCACAAGAAAAUGUCGACAUUGUUCCGGGAGGCAUCACCAAUCUAUUUGCAGCAAUCCUGCUACCAACAGUCAGGGUGUCCAAAAUGAAAAAGCAAUUGAUAACACCAAUCCACAGAAAGUAUCAGAAGGUGUAAACUCUCCAACCACAACAGCUGUCACACGAACUGUCAAGGGAAGUGUUCUUUUGCAGACAGCCAGAGCUCUCGUAUCAAACGGAUCAAAAUCGGUUCCAGCACGAAUUCUCUUUGACACUGGAAGCCAAAGGUCUUACAUUCGAAGGUCACUUCAAGGCCGGUUAAGGUUAAAUUCAAUUGGUAAGGAGACACUUCAAUUAAAUUCCUUUGGCCAAAGCAAGAGUAAACGAGAAAGCUGCGAAGUGUUCAAGGUGAGCAUUGCAAGCAAGAGUGGAGGUGAGGCAGUAGAGAUUAAAGCAAUCGCAUUUCCAACAAUAUGUGCACCACUUCCUACAAGGAUAAAUAUAGACGAAUAUCCACAUCUCCAUGGUUUAGAACUUGCAGACUUUGAUUCUUCCGAUAACAAUGGUAGCUGUGAUUCAAUCGACAUCUUGAUAGGAGCUGAUCAUUAUUGGGACGUAGUCACAGCGUUUUGGGAAACUGAGAACGUUGGCAUUGACUCCUUUGACUCGAGAACUCACGAGGAACAAGAUUUUGUGCGAAAUAUUCAAUUCACUGGAACACGCUACGAAAUUGAGAUCAUUGCAUCAAAACUGCUAAAGGAUCCACAAAAUCUUGAAGAAUACAAUAAUGGUAUUACUGAACAAUUGGCAGCAGGAAUAGUCGAAAGGGUUCCGGCAUCUGAUAAGGAUUGUGGUAAAAUUCACUAUCUUCCCCAUCAUUGUGUCAUACGAAAGGAUAAGGUUACUACGAAGCUACGCGUUGUAUAUGAUGGAUCUGCUACGACGAACUUGCGUAAAUUUUCACUAAACGAUUGCUUACUGACCGGGCCGAACCUCAUUCCACAAAUCUUUGAUUUGCUCGUCAAAUUUCGACAAAACAAGAUUGGGCUAGUUGCUGACAUUGAGAAAGCAUUCUUAAUGAUUGGAAUUGACAAGGAAGAUAGAGACAUGCUUCGUUUUUUGUGGCUAAGGGAUGCUAGGGAUCCUCAUUCAGAAGUAUUAAAGCUAAGGUUUUGUCGAUUGGUUUUUGGUCUACGACCUUCGCCAGCAAUUCUAGGAGCUACUAUCAACCAUCAUUUGAAGACACACGAGAAGCAGGAGCCAGAAACUGUUGAACACUUGAAAAAUUCUCUGUAUGUCGAUGAUUUUGUGUCCGGUGCUGAAACCGAUGAAACCGCUUUGCAAAUAUACAAGGGAACAAAGCAGUUGAUGGCCAAGGGUGGAUUCAACUUGCGAAAAUGGAACUCGAAUUCCAGUAACGUAGUAAAGUCUAUCGAAGCGUUAGAAGGUAGCAAGAAUUUGAGCUUGAUUAGUGACAAGUCAAGCGUUACUCAAGAUGAUCAGUCCUUUACAAAGUCGACAAUUGCAAAAGAGUCCUGCUCACGGAACCCACUCAAGUCAAAGUACUAG